AUGCCAGCGGAUGACCUUAUCACUGAGCUCCCUCACGAGCCAACGGAAGCAACAGCUGAAGAGGCCCUCCUCUCGAACGAACCAUCCAUAUUCAUCCUCAACACUCACUUCUCGCUGGACGAGCUACAUCAAGCAGAGAACAGUGUGACCGAACAUGGGGGGAAGUUGACCUGGGAUAUCAAUGAGGCACCACUAGUUCUCGGCAAAAUCGGUCAGAAGAAAAGGGCGACGCUGGAGCUUCGGUCCCGCGGGCUCUGGACAGAGGAGAUCAUCUCCCGCUCUUCGACAGUGUCUAAGGAUGGUCAAGACCCCCCUCAAAAACGGCAGAAGGUUGAAGGAAAGCCUUCACUGGAUACUCCGGGCGUUGAUAUCUUCGAUCUCUCUACCGAGUCCGAGGACGAGGAGGAUGGCAUGAAAAGUCAGCAUGACCCAGGCAAACUCUUGGUCAAACCCAAAACCGAACCCGUCGACAUAAUCAGCGUCCUCAAACUGGACUGGCUGAAUCAGUCCAUUACAGCAGGAAAACCUCUGCCGCACGAUAGCUUCCUGAUCUACCGAGGACGAAAGACCAGCUCCAGCCAUCCAGCAUUACCAGACCCACCACCAGAAGCAAUAUCAAGCCAAAUAAUCAAACGCGCCAAAGAAGACGCCGCCUCCCAACCCAUCCACACAUUCCCACCGGGCCAUUACCACCGCCGCACAAAAGAAUCCCCAGACGACCCCAGCCAUAAACGACCACCAAUCCUGCACCGAGAAACAACUUCCGAAAAAGAAGAUCACACACCAACACCACCCCAACCAAUCUGGGUCCGCGAGCAAGUUCUCUACGCCUGCCUCCGCUCCACCCCACUCCACCCCCCAAACGAAGACUUCAUUACCCAACUACUCAAAAUCCGCCGGAUCCGCGAGCUCACACUGGACGAAAUCGGCGUCCGAGCCUACAGCACCUCCAUCGCCGCGCUAGCGGCGUACCCAUACCCACUCCGGCGCCCAAGCGAAGUCCUCGCGCUACCAGGCUGCGAAGCGAAGAUUGCGAAUCUCUUUGCCGAAUUCCAGCAACACGGCGGCUGCAAGCAUACCGACGACGACGGGAAUGUCGCGGCGGCAGACGAACUGGAAACGAAUCCUGUCUUGCGGGUCCUGAACACGUUCAAUGAAAUCUGGGGCGUGGGCGCGAAGACGGCGAGGGAUUUCUACUAUCGGCGUGGGUGGAGAGAUCUUGAUGAUAUCGUCGAGUAUGGCUGGGAUACUCUCUCGCGCGUGCAGCAGAUCGGGGUCAAGUUCUUCGAGGAGUUCCAGACUGGCGUGCCGCGGGCUGAGUGUGAGGCUAUCGCCGAUAUCGUGAAGAGACAUGCCAAUCGCGUGCGGCCGAAGGGAAGGGGGGAGAUCGACUGCAUCCUUGUUGGCGGGUACCGGCGCGGGAAGGAGAUUAGCGGAGACGUGGAUAUCAUUCUCACGCAUCGGGAUGAUGCCGUUACGAAGAACCUUGUUGUCGAUGUCGUUGCCAGUCUUGAGACGGAGCUGUAUAUCACUCAUACCCUCUCGCUGCAUGUUACCUCCUCACAGCGCGAGCAGCAGACGCUGCCCUUUCACGGCGAUGAAACGGGGAAGCACUUUGACACGCUGGAUAAGGCACUGGUUGUCUGGCAGGAACCAGCCAACCAAAACGAGAAGAAUCUGAAUCCACAUCGUCGGGUCGAUAUUAUCAUCUCGCCAUGGCAGACGGUUGGAUGUGCUGUGCUCGGCUGGUCGGGGGAUACGACGUUCCAGCGAGACUUAAGACGGUACGCGAAAAAGGCGCAUGCCUGGAAAUUCGAUUCCAGUGGGGUGCGGGAGCAGGCGUCUAGUGGGCAGGUGGUUGACCUCGAGCAUGGAGGUGAAACCUGGGAGGAGCGAGAGAAACUUGUUAUGGAGCGAUUGGGAAUUGGGUGGAGGCCGCCGGAGGAAAGAUGCUCACGUUGA